AUGACUGCCAUGCUUUCGACUCAUACCUUUUUGUGCUUUUCAUUGAUUUUUGUUGCUCUGAAUAUCUUCAUUGGCAUCGCAGACUGCGCACCCGGGCAAAACGCUUUGCAUAAGAAAACUACGCUUAAUCGAUCAGGAUCUUUGCGAUCCCAGUUUUUACAAGACAUUCGACCAAAAGGCGAUUUGUCAUCAUUCAGUUCUGAAUCAAGAGAACAGAUUAAACACAUUUAUGAAAAACGACCCGAUUCGCCAAGAAAAGCAAGAGUCCAUCCCGAUGAUCAAGAAAAGUACGCUCAUCUUCGACAACAAGAACAAACGUUUGGACGUAUUGGUAAGAUUGGUAAAGAGACAAUCGGAAACGCUCAAGGGGACGACAAAAAGGUUGUUUAUAUUGGUGGUGGUCUGUCCAGCCAUUUUAGCAAACAUGCGGGACGAGAAGCAGAUAAACUAAUUAGACCAUUAUCUCCUGUCAAAGCAGGCAACAAGAAACAUUGA